AUGACGAUGACCGAAUUUUCCCACUCCGAAUGCGAUGCCGGAAAUUCUGAGAUCCGCGCGCGAAAUAAAUCCCACAUAAUGCAGUAUUUGGAGCUUGCCAUUGAAGCUGUUAGUGCGGCUGGAGAAAAACAACAACAAAAUAGUUAUUCUACCGAGAUUUUUUGUUUUCUAACUAAUUUGCCACAAUUUCUUCAGAAGAAAACAGACGCACCUGAAGAGUUAGAAGAAGUUAAUGUGACCGGCAUCUCUGUGGAGGGCCAGGAGACCAGCCUGCUGGUAGAUGAUGAGGACAUUGUCAUGGUCCCGACAGAGCUGCUCCUAGCUGCUUGCAGAGAAGGCCAGUCUCCGGAGGGUCUUGCCUCUGAAUUGCCUAUCACAGUGAAGAUCAUCCGAAAAGGACGAGAAAUCGAGGACCUUUCCAUUAUUCAGUGA